AUGCGAGGAAAGAACAUCCCAGAGAAGUACAUCCGUAUAGUUCAAGACAUGUACAAAGAGAGCGAGACAAAGGUCAGGUGCAUAGCGGGAACAACAGAGCCUUUCAAGGUAGAAGUGGGGUUACAUCAGGGGUCAGCGUUGAGCCCGUUCCUAUUUGCCAUCAUCAUGGACACCCUCACAGAGAGCAUCAGAAAAGAGGCUCCUUGGAACAUGAUGUUUGCUGACGAUGUGGUGCUUUGCUGCGAGGAGAAAAUCGAGCUAGAGAAGAACCUGGAGAGGUGGCACGAUAGACUGGAGAAGAGAAGAAUGAAGAAGCAGAGAUCAGCAGAAGGAUCAGCAGAAGGAUGGACCAACUGGAAGAAGAUGGCCGGAGUGAUGUAUGACAAGAGGGUCCCAGCCAGAGUUAAGGGAAAGAUCCACCGGACCGUGAUCCAGCCGGCAAUGCUCUACGGGCUGGAGACGGUACCCCGAACGAAGAAGGCGACAAGGAGACUGGAGGAGGUGGCUGAGAUGAAAAUGUGCAGAUGGGCAUGUGGCCUGACCAUGAGAAACAGGAUGAGAAAUGGCGAGAUCCGAGAGAGAAUGGGAGUGACGAAAAUCGAAGCGAAGAGAGGAGAACUACAUCGAAAGAGAAUGAUGAGCAUGGUACCACCGGGAAGGAGAGGAAGAGGGCGUCCGAAGCAACGGUGGAUGGACAACGUCAAGGAAGACAGGCGGUACGUGGGUGUGAGGGAAGAAGACACCCAAGAGAGAAAAAUAUGGAAGGCUUUCGUAUCUGCCGCAGCGACCCCAGAAAUGGGAGAAGCUUGA